AUGAAUAAUUUAGAGAUAUAAAAGGAGUAACAGUCUGAAAAUAAUGAAGACUGCGAAUUGGAAGCGGAUUCAGAUUCACUUCAAAACAGAUUGUUAUUGAAUAAUAUUCCAACGCCAUCUCGAACAGAAUCCGAUUUUUAGACAUCCAUAAAUAAAACUAUGCAGACAUAAUCAAUUUAAUAACUAAGCAAUCAUCAGAAAUGCGAAUAGCCAUCCCAAGAUUAGGAUACUCACUUAACUGAUCUCGAUCUCAAGAAAUAAACCUAAAUGUCGUAUAAUUCCUCUAAAUCAUCCAAAACCCAAUCACCCUUGAAAAUUAACUUACUACAAGCUUCGUUAAUAGCUAAAGAUUAAUUAAUACUAAACUUACAAGAAGAAGUUAAAUAAUUAAAAAAAUAGUAAAUUGAUAAAGAUAAAUAAAUGGCUGAUCUUUCAAGGAACUAUGAAAUCAAACUAUAGCAAAUGAGUGACAGAAUCACAGAUUUGGAAAAAAUAAUUAAACAAAAAGAUAAUGAUAUCGAAUAAUUCAAGAAUGGUAAUAAUACCCUAAAUCUACAGGAUUCAUCAGUUCUUACAAAUAUAUAAAAUGAUCCAAAAAAACUCAAGCACAAUGAAUUUCAACCUAAUGAAUUAUAAGCAUAUCGAUAGAGUGCAGAUUUAUAUCUCAAUAGCAAUUUUUGGUUAAUAUCAGCAGAAAGAAAACUCUAGGGUAACAAUCCAAUAAGCAAUUACUAAGCAAAAGAUAACAUAGAAGGAAAACAAUCUUAAUUAGUUUCAUAAUAGCAAAAAGGAAUUGAUAAGCCAUAUUAAAUGAGAUAAAGUAUACAAUCUAUGAAUUAAAUCAAGUAUAAUACUAACAUGUAAUUGCCUAAAUUAGGGGAUGGGAGUUCUCAAAUUAAUUUAUAAUAGCAUAAAUAUUAUCACACUAAUGUAAGGAGUUAGAGUCUUUAAUAACAGAAUUAUAAGAGUAAUUCAUCUCUUUCAUAACCUUAUAUUAAUAAGGAUGCUAUUUCAUAUGAUCCUGAUGGUUUGUUUGCUGGUUAAGAGAUAAAAUAGAUCUUUACUAAUUAAACUCCACUUAAGAUGGAAUCAUUAGAUUGGAAUUCAUAGCCAUCCAAUAAAUACAUGAUUACAUAUAAUCAUAAUUUGAAUUAAUCUAAAUUCGAUAUUAUUGAUAAAGCCUAAAAAUAAUAGAAUUAUAUUAAUUCAAGGAAACAAAACUCACAGAAGAUUUUUAAUAAAUAAUGA